AUGGAGCAACUAGACAUUGAGAAGGGCGUGGAGGACCUUCGUGGGAUCCUACAUGAGCACGACAGUCGUCAGCAAGUGGAGGAAAAGAUUAGCAGACUGAAGAGUGAAAUGCGGCACAUCCAGGGUGCUUUGGAGGAGGUGAAGAAAAAGCGAGAGAAUUCAAGCGGGGUGGUGCAACAUGCCGCAAGAACUCAUCACCUGUCGCUUGCCAUCCACCUGUCUUUCAUGCUAGAAGAGCUCUCUGGAAUGCAGAUUGACAUGCAUGACCGACACAAGCAGUAUGUACGCAAGGAACUCAUGAUAACGACAGGUCAUGAUGAGAGGAAUGAGGAAGAACUGGAAACUCUCUUAGAGCAGUCCACAGAAAUCUUCACACAGAAUAUCAUCAAAGAAACGCAGUUGGCACGGCAGCAGUUGCAGGACCUGCAGGACAGGCAUGAAACAGUCAUUAAAUUGGAGAAAUCUAUAACAGAACUUUGUCAGUUGUUCCAGGAUCUGGCAUUGUUAGUGCACCAACAAGGAGAAACCGUCGACAGAAUAGAGUCGCACAUGUUUGAAGCGCAGGAGAGGGCCACCAAAGCCAAAGAACAGCUGCAAGAAGCCGUUGUCAACAAGAAGAAAGCUAUGAAAAAGAAAUUCAUUCUAUACAUGAUCGGAGCGACCUGCCUACUCGUUGUGGCUCUGAUUAUUAUAUUCAGUUUUGUGGGCUGAGGAAGGCAGAGAUCCCUACCCAGCAUUGCACCCGUUGCAUCAUUGAUCAAGAGGAAGGAAAUAAAUUGUCAGAGAGUGAUAUCCACGUUGUAUGUUUUUAGGGUGAAUAUUUAUUUAGUUUAUUAUUCCGAAUGAAAGAAUUACAUUUUGCCAUGGGGUCGGUCUUUAGGAAUGUGUGGUUGGGUUUGAGUUGUGCAUUUUGCAUUUUAGAAAGUCAAAAUAGUUAGUCUGACUGAUAUAUUAUUUAAAAGGUCAUGCUUUGUCUAUUUGGUAUCCCAUAAUCCAUUUUGUUUUCUUUCUUUUUUAUGAGAACUGAAAUCGGCUCUAUAUUUUGUACUAAAUGAGAAGAUAAGAAUUAUAUUUUGCACAAAUUUAAAGAAUGACUAUAUAUUUUGGAAGAAUUAUUAUUAUUAUUAUUAUCAUUAUUAUUACUAAUAUAUAUAUUUUUUAAAGGUAGGUUAGAAAUAUUUACCACACCAUCGAUAUUUUUGUGAUAUUAGGAUAUGUAGAGAAGAGAAUGUAUAAUAUUGCAUAUUUUUCGAAUUGACCAUGUAUGGUGUACUGGAUUAUUUUUUUACCAAUUUGACCUUUUAUGUUGCACAUGAAAGAUUAUUGUUCUAGGAAUCUUCCAGGUAAGAAAUCUGUAUAAAGUAUCUAAUAUUACAGUUGUAUUGAUUUUGAUGAUUUGGCACAAAGCGAGUAAGCUGCCAAAAACCUGUAUUGGUUUGUUUUCUCCUAAGGGCAGAGAUGUCUUCAUGCAUUGAUGAUGCACAAGAAACUAAUAUAGAAUCUCUCUAAGAGAAGAAUGUGUUCAUAAAUUAGUGGAAGAUAUAUUUGUAUUGAUGCAGAUUUCUUAUUAUUGUCAUUAUUAUUAUUAUUAUUAUUAUUACAAUUAUUAUUAUUACAGUCAUUAUUAUUACAAUUAUUAUUAUUAUUAUCAUUAUUAUUAUUAUUAUUAUUAUUGUUAUUAUUAUUAUUAUUGAUGUUGUUGUUGAUAUUAUUAUUAUUGUUAUAUUAUUAUUAUUAUUAUUAUUAUUAUUAUUAUCAUUAUUAUUAUUAUUAUUAUUAUUAUUAUUAUUAUUAUUAUUAUUAUUAUUAUUAUUAUUAUUAUUAUUAUUAUACCAGACUGAAUAUCUGUUGGCAAAUAUAUUUAUUUUGUUUUCAUUAAUUUUACCUUUAGUCACAAGUAUGCACUUGGAUACAGACCAACACUUUUUCUUUUCUCGAACUUCCUUUUUUCUCUCUUUUCUGCAACAUUAUCUUUCCUUUUUUGUCUCUUCUUUUAAAAAAAUCUUUCUGUGAAUUAUUUUGUCUUAUGAUAAGGAAGUAUGUGAUGUUUGUUAGAAAGCUGGUGUGAUCAUUGAUGUUUUUUUGGCUUCAUCAUUUAACAUAUUUUCCUAUUUAUAUAUCUAUUUCUCUUGGUGAUCAAGAGCUUCAUGCCUUAUAUAGUUAUUGUCUGAGUGUGUUUCCUAUCUUACAAAGGAGAGUUUUACAAGGAAUAUGGAGGGUUUUCCUCAAAAGAAAUAACAAUAUCCUCAGGAAAGUUGUUUUUGUAUCCAGAUAUUUCUAUAUGCAUUGCAUACCCAGUUUGAUAUUUGUUAGUUGAAGAUUGUGGUAUUUAGUUCUCAAUUGUUCUACAAGUUGAAAAUUUCACUUCAGCAGAGCAGAGGAUAGAAAUGACUAAAAGAAAAAGAAAAUGUAGAACAUAUUUUCAUUCUAGCAACAUAUAUACUUCCUCUUCUUUUUAUAUGCCUUCAGCUUUGCUUUCUUCUCUUACCUUCUCUUAUUCUUCUCUCUAUUUUCUUUUGUUCCUUUAGUUUGGGACCCAACUGUUGCAACUAUAUUUUUAAGAUGUUGAAGUAACAGCAAUAUAUUUCACAAAAGUGCUUAGAGGCCUUGCCAGACAUGGUAUGGCAACUCAUUAAGCUCCAUUCCUCAUUGUUGUUCCUGGUGAUGUUAUUAUGUUAAUAUCAUUUUGUUCUUAUGUCUUAACCCUUUGCUGACGGGAUGCCAUGGCAUGGCGGGACCAUCUGCCGGGGGCACGUACGCACAUGCCAUAGAGUAUGUAUGGACAUGCCAUGAUUUUUUUUUUGGUUACAAUCACGGCAAAAGAUUAUUUUUUUGCCAGUGAAAGUGUGAUUAAGUCGGUUUUAACACUUUCUCAUUUUUACCAUGCAACAAACAAAAAAAUGCAACAAACCGACGAUUUCAACUCCAUGAUGCCGCACAAUGCUUAUUUUAUUCGGACUAUAGACCGAAUAAUGAUCAACUAUGGAGUCUAUAUAACAACAAAAAUACCCUUCAGUCUCGAUUUAUCAGGAAGUUUGGCAAGUAGAGACUGUAAAAAAUAAUGAAAACUGAAAAUACAACAUAUCUUCGUAGUAUUACGAAGAAACGGCAUGGGAUGCUGGUAUUUGGCAUGAGUGGUCGCGCAUGCUAGGGCGACGAUAUAAGCCCCCGGCAGCGAGGCCCCGGCCUCUAUGAAUGCUACCCGUCAGUUAUGGGUUAAUUUGUUCAUGAUUUGUAUAAUGGUUCGAGUGUAUUGCAGGUGUUGAAGGCAUUGUAUUCAAUGACUUCAGGUACUCACUGUUAAUAUAGAAAUUGUUUUGUUUGAGCAUCAUGAAGUCUUCAGAAAGAAAACAUUAUGUACUGUGUUCUCCCAGGAACAUUGUCUCUCUUCUUUAGAUAUGUUGUUAGAUUUCUUUUUAUUGUUAUUAGUGAAUAACAGAUUUGUUGUCAAUAUUUGCCAGGGACAAAGUGAUUUUUUUCUUUCAAGAGAAAACCACACUUUGUUUCCUUUUGUAUAUUUGAUAGUUAAAGCUGUUAUAUAGUAAUCUGUAUAGUUGAUGAUAAUUUAAAAGUUAGGACGAUCUUCAUUAUUCAUUAAUUCAUAAAUGUGCAAGCAACUAUCAUUUAUUUUAUUUUUUCUUCUUUCUAUUUUUUUUCUUCUUUUUAUAGGGGGAUGAUAUCUGUUUAUCUUAUAAUUAGAUUUCUCAAUUAAUUAACACUUUUAUAUCAUAACAGUUACUCAAAAUUGUUUCAUGGUUUGAAUAUAUUGUUCAUAUUUGCAAAUUUGUAAAGAUAGGAAAAUUUUCCUAUACAAGAGCAAGGAAAAAUUAUUAUCAUUUAAUUUUAACAAAGGAAUUAUGUGAAAUUAAUUGAAUUUUAAGAACAAUAACAUUGCAUUAUAAACUACCAUGUUGGUAGUAUUAUAUUUGAGUUUCUUAAUUGUAUAACCUAAAUACAAACUAAAAACAUGCGUCUCACUUCCACAAUCAGACAUCACCUGUUUCAUGUGCCUUCAAAUUAUUGUGCCUCUAUUUAUUAUUUUUUCAAAUACCGAAUAAUUGGAUGCUAAAACGGUAAACUUUUAAUCUGCUUUUAAUCUCAAUAAGCAACACUUGGAGAGAAUUAGAAAUCAUAUGAAAUUCUUCCUAUCUGAGAAAAAGCAGAUAAGCAGGAUUCUAUGCAUAGAUAAUGAAAGUGCUUGUGUUUUCCAUUUACCAUUUUUCAUGUGUGGUUUCGUGCCCUUUAUGUGUAUGUGUAUAUUUGAAUGAAUGUGGUUGAAAAUAUGGAACAAUAAUGAUUUGAUACAAUCUGCAAUUAUAUGUUUUGUUUUAUAUAUUUGUAUAUUUUAUGAGAUAUAAGAUUUGUGAUCUGGUGGCAGCUUUUAUAAAGUUUAAACCAAUGGAAAUUUUUCUUUUGUAUGCUUGAUUGUCAAAGUAUGAAUUAAUGUUGACAUAUUGAAUUUGUCAUUAUUUUUUUUUUAGAAAUGCUAGGUUAAAAUAUUGGUUAAUGACUACCAAGCUUUAGAUGUUAAAACACAAGUAUUCCACAAUUGUAUUUUAGCUUCCAUGUAUGUGUAUUAUAUAUAUAUAUAUAUAUAUAUAUAUAUAUAUAUAUAUAUAUAUAUAUAUAUAUAUAUAUAUAUAUAUAUAUAUAUAUAUUUAUUCAUUAAAGCAAAUCUGCUGGGAAAUCUAAUCUUUAAGAUUAGAAAAACAUCAUAUCAAAUUUGAUAAAAACAGCAUAUUUAUUGGCUUGAAUGUUCCCAGCUCCUUCCUCAGACAUAAUUUCCACAAUAUCCACAUCAUUCAUUCAUUUGCAUGCUAAGGGUUAAUGUAGCAUGGUAGUAAAAGGGUUAAUGUAGAUUUAUAUUUGCACUUGUACUAAAUACCUUGACUUGGCCUAUACAAGGGACCAAAGACCUGAAUAUAACCUGGUGCCUUAAUGUGUAGUUGUUAAUGUUUCUUGAAUGACUGAAUCAUGCAUGUGUGGUAAUAAUGCAAUAAAAUGUACUUAAUCCUGAAAUACUUAAUGCAUUUGUGAUGAAUUAUAUAAAGCCUUGUUUUUUGUAUCAUCAAUAAUUAAAAUUGGAUAUAAUGGUA